GACAACUUCCUUGGCAACAAGAAGCUUGCUGGUUCGGGUCAUUAAUGUUUAGCACAAAGACUGUAGCAUGUUUAUGUCAAAAUAUCCAUGGCUGAUUUUUACUAAUAGCUAUUUUAGUUUUGUUUAUCAUAUCGUUCACGGGUCACCCUGUUGAUGAAUAGUUAUUUUGGAUCGACGAGAUGAAUUCCCGCCUGUGCUUUUCGGUUCAGAUAUUGAUCUUGUGUGGACGUUUGGCUCAGGCAGCCACAGACCCAGGGGUCACUUCAGCCGUGACCCCCAGCAUCACAAAUGGGGAACCUUUCAGCUCAGUGACCCCUCCUCCCUCUGGCGGUACAGAAGAGUCCACUAGUGUGGGCACCAGUGAGCCGGUCGGUGUGAACUCCACUCUGGACUCCAAUGUAACCACGACACAGACCUUAUCUGAGGCUUCCACUGUGGUGACUGAAACCCCCUCUGCACCAACCAUCCAGCCUGUGGGGGCUUCAAAUGGUUGUCUCUGUGACUUUACUCCUGAUUUCUGCGACGUUGGCUGCUGUUGUGACACCGUUGAUUGCGAUGUUGCAAACUUGAGUACUGUCUUCACUGGAUGCCCACAGAAAGCCAUAUCAGGAGUCUGCAUUGAGAAAUGGCUGAUGUUCAAGGCUAACGUGGAUUCAUCUCUUGUAACUGUGACUGACUCCUUGUUUUGCGUACGACCUGAAGAUAAUGCACCUCCCUCCCUCCCAGCUCUGCCUCAGUAUCCAGCUUUAGGGGACUCGUACCAUUUCUCAUCACCAGCGUCUGCGAGCAGCACCUUCAGCAGAGAUUUCUACAGAGCUGAUGAUGUCAUCCAGACAUAUUUCACCAACUCUUCAGUGAGGAGUCUUCUUCUUCAGCCAUCUCCGGGGGCUGCUGCAGAUUUUUGUGUCAGUCGCAAUCCUGCAAAGUUCCUGAGGUCUGUGUCUCUGUCUUGUACCCGCAUGUUGUCUCCUCAGUCGUGCACCACAGACCCAGCUCUUAGCGCUCGCUCCUACUUCUCCGACUUGAGUUUGAUCAAGAUUCCAAUUGUUGGGACGCCACAAGUGUCUGACUUACUGGUCCCAGUUACUCCGCUGUCUGACUGGCCUGCACCAAGUGAGCAAAACAAUUCCUGUAUCAAUGUGGUGAAAAAGGUGGAGUUUGUCGUCAGAUACACAGGACGAGGGGAGCUCACGUAUGCAACAGUGAAUGUAACCUUGGUUGAUGUGGAUCCAAAUCUUCUUCUGCUGCAGACACACUCUGUGCAGUUCCAGCUUGACACACCCAGUCCCACUACAGGGGCACCGCUCUCUGCAGUUGGACUUCCCACUGGAUCUCCUCUCAUUGGUCGCUUUGAAGACGAAGUAAAGCCUCUGACAACAAUGGGGGUGUCACAGGGUGGGGAGUGUUCCUCUGACCUGAACCGACGAGCACCCAUCCUCUUUACACACAACGCCAUCACCGGCUGCACAUUUAGGUCCCUGGCUCGUGACUGCUCAGAGCUGCAGUCCCACAUUUAUGGGAUCCUGCAGGGACUUGCUACUCCUGAUCUGAUCACCAUGAACUUCGGGUCCCAACCAGACUGGGCGAGGGUCAUCACCCAGCAGUGUCCCGUCAGCCUGCAGGAAACAUGUGAGACGGGCUGUGUCCUCCCAAACUCUCUUUCUAUCCGAGUGCUUUGGGCUCGCCAGGGUCUCUUACACCUACCGCAGAACUACAUCCUGGGGGCCAAGUACCUUUUCAAGUGUCAAAAUAUUAAGUGUCCUCUGUCGUCUCCUAUCGCUCUAACCACUGAGGUGACAUUUGUAGACACCACAGUUUACCCAGAACCCCCCAUGGGCUGGCCUCUACCUAACUGGAAGUUUCCAUUCGGUUUCUUCACCAGAGGCUCUGCUGAGCUGGACGGACACUUUGUCACUGACAGCAGUGACACUGUGAGGGUCACAUGGAGUUUAAUGCUGUUCACAGUAGUGUCACUGAAAGUAUUCUUCUCCAGGUAGCG